CCGUGCUAGCAGACGAGCCACUCACCGUACAGGGAAGGAGGGAGGCCAUACAUCUUUUGAGUUUGUAUAUGUGCGAAUGGUCCUUGGUGGCACAAAAAUAGAGGUGUACAUUUAAAUCCUCGAUUUUGCUGUUUGUCGAAAAUCUCAUCGGUCUCUUCGAAUACAGCUAACACAAGCUAAUAAUGGCUGCAGCUGAAACAGCAGUACCUCCUACAAAUCAACGCAGGAAUCGACCUGGCACAAAAGCUGCGGAUUUCAAUGGGUGGCCAGAUGAGCCGUUCGAGGAGAUGGAUUCAACACUAGCAGUACAGCAGUUAAUACAACAGACCAUUCGAAGAGAUCCGUCGGCGGUCGAAGCUAUCCUGACACCUCCAGAAAAUCAAGAUGAAGGCGUAUGGAAAUACGAGCAUCUUCGCCACUUCUGUAUGGAACUUAAUGGACUCGCAGUUAGAUUACAAGCGGAAUGCUCAGCCGAGUCGUGCUCGCAGAUGACUGCUACAGAACAGUGGAUUUUCCUUUGUGCUGCCCAUAAAACGCCCAAAGAAUGUCCCGCUAUAGACUACACUAGACACACCCUUGAUGGUGCCGCGUGCCUACUUAACUCUAACAAAUACUUUCCUAGCAGAGUUUCAAUCAAGGAAUCCUCAGUAGCGAAAUUAGGUUCAAUAUGUCGGCGAGUUUAUCGAAUCUUCUCUCACGCGUAUUAUCAUCACCGGGCGCUAUUCGACCAAUUCGAGACGCAGACUCAUUUAUGUCGGCGCUUUACCGUGUUCGUUACGAAAUACGACCUCAUGUCGAAAGAGAACCUAAUUGUGCCAAUUACGCCGGGUCAGCAUGGCACAGUAGGACAUGCAGGAGGCUCAGAAGGUGGUGCAGAAAGUACAGCCUAAAUAUUGCUCUAGAACAGGGAAAGACUGCUUUGGAAGAGAGCCCUUGCUCUCGUGAAAAUGAAGUCAACAGACAUGCUGCAGCUAUAUACCCAAAAAUUAUCUGGUGUGUGGAAAUGAAAAAAAGAGAUCACUUGUGUCAGAUUAGAUAAAUAUAUCAAUAUUUUAAAAUAGGGGAGAAGUAAGAUGAAUUAAACAAAACAAUAAUUGACACUACAAACGUGUCAGGGACGGAAAACACUGACAUGCGUGUAUGCUGUACAUGAACCAAGUAUUUAGGCAAAAGAAGAUUUUGAUCUGGAGGGUCUGAACGAGUUCAUAUAACAUUGUCGAACAGGUAAAGAUCUAAGUGGACCGGGACAUUUACGCGUCUAUCUUGCUGCAGAUUCAAUGAACAUUCAGAUCUAUGAUUUUGCAACUUGUUCUAGACGAAUUCCCUGUUUUCCUUCACUUUUUUUUCCUUCACAAAGUUGAUAAAUAAAGAUGGCUAAACAGCGGAACAAAAGUACUCGACUCCUAACAUGGUUUCUAGGAGCGUGGAUUGGUGGUUUGCCAUUAAAGCAGUAUAGACUAGCUAGCAGAUAUGUUUCAGCCAUACCAGAUAAAAAAAAUUAUAAUAUAACUUUUUUUGCUUACUUAAAUACGACGAAAAGUUGGUUUCGCCAUAUGUGUGUGCAUGCAUGUCUAUAUUCGUGUGACUUAUCAAUUGUAAUUAAAAUUAUAACUCAAAUCGUACGUGAUCUUAGUUGCAACGGUGAAAUUGUUUUAGUAGAAUACAUAUUGUAACUUUUAUUUACGACAAAAAACAAAGAAACAGGGUCGCCUCGUUCAAAUUAUCUGUUGUAUUAAUGUUUAAACUUAUUCUGUUGUAUUCGCUUGCCUUGCGUUCGGAAGGCACCUACCUACUGAAUGUAGGCAGCGAUUUGUUACACUAGUUCGCUUCUAUUUAUUGAGUUAGUUAAUGCGAAUUAGCAGACGAACUUUGUAGUUACUCUAGUGAACCUUCGUAAAGUUCUGGAAUCACAUUGUUUGAACGUAUAUCCAUUCAGCCUUACCGUCAAAUGCUAGUAAGAUGACCUCCGUCACUAGUAUACUGCACCAAGUGUGUGCUAUUAGUACACAUAACAUAUGGCACUCCUGGCGUUUUUGCGUACUAAAUGGCUAGUUAGUACAAUGUAAAUUAAUAUUAAUGCAAUUUGCACCGGAGAUAGCUUGUCGUUACUGGAUGGAAAGGAGAUUUGACAAACAAGCGUGCCAGUUUCUAUUGUUUGAAUACUGCUAUACUAAUUCAUGCUCAUGCGAUGUAUUCCAAAGUUAUGAUUCAAAGUAAAUGCAUAUAUUGUUUUUAUUCCUAAAACAAUAAUACUUAAGGCUUAGCAUAUAUUCUAAAUGAAGACACCUUUGACAUUGUUUAUCAAUUUAUAAAUAGCACAAAAGCCUUUCUUUGUCUCAAAAGACAAUUGAAUAAUAAUUCUUCCCGUUUAUGGCAAGCUUAAUACCAUAGUCAAAACUCCGCAAUUGUAAAAUAAAUUCAUACCUAAACAAGGAAAUAGAUAUAAAUAUGUACUGUGUUCCGAGGAGUUGUUCAAAUUUAGCUGCUGCACUGGUUAUCACCGAGAUCCAUAGAAAAUUUUUCAAUAAUGUUUAAAGCGUCCAACCGCAUAAAAGCAUGUGGCCGUUUCGGCAAACGUUACGCGAAAUAAACUUGAAGUCGGGUAGACAUACUGCUAAAAGUAUCAAUAUUUCAACUGUG